GGCAGUCCCCGCAGUGCCGCCGCCGCCUCCUGCCGCGCGCGGCUCCGCCUUCCCGGCCCCGUGGCAUGGAGGAGAGCGCGCCGCCCUUCCCGCAGCGCCUCGGCGACGGCGGCCGAGCCCUCCUGAUGCCCCCCGAGCCCGGCCCCGAGCCCGCCUUCCUCCAGGACGCCAAAGCCGCCGCCCAGAGCGCGGCGCCGCCCGGCACGCGGCUGGAGGAGGAGGACGCCUUCUACGGCGGCGCCGAGGAGGAGCCGGCGGCCGCGGGGCCCGAGCUGAGGGAGGAACCCUCGGACUUCUUCUCCUCGCUGGCCCGGCACGAGCCCGACGUGGCCCUGGAAGCGCACGACGAGGCCGAUGAGCCCGACCCCGCCCUCUCCGGAGCCGUCCCGGCCGCGGCUCACCGGACACAGCUCGGCCCCGCGCCCGAGGAGCAGCCGGCGUUCCCGCGGGCGCUGUUCCGGCCGCUGGCCGUGGCCGUGUCCUGGGCCGCGCGCCCGGCCGAAGGCACCGACCAAAGCACUUUAGAGCCGCGGCCCGGCCCCGGCGACUCGCCGGUCAGCGCCGGCCACCGGGCCGAGCCCCCGGACGGCCGCCGGGCCGAGCCGCCGUCCGCCGAGGAGCAGCACCCCCAGAAGGAACCAAAGCACCCGGAAGGGCUCGGCGCCGAGCGCGGCCGCGGGGGCGUCCGGCGGCCGGAGUGGAUCUCCAGGAGCCCCAGCCCGUCCUUCCCGGAGCCGCGCCCGGCGCCGGACGGAGCGGCCGGCUCGGCCUUCGGCCGGGAAGCGGCGCCGGCGUCGCGCAGAGCCAAAGCCAAAGCCUCGGAGAGCUGCCGGCGGAAAGCGGCGCCGGCCGAGCCGGAGCCGGCCGAGCCGGGCCCCGCGGCCGAGUGGACGCUGCCCGAGGCGGACGCGGUGGGCAAGCAGUCGUGGACGGUGAACGCCGAGGACUCGGUGGAGUGGCUGCUGCCGGAGCCGGCCGAGGUGCGGCCGUACGUGUGCGGGGUGCUGCUGGAGGAGCCCCCCAAGGACGAGGAGCUGGAGCAGGACGAGGAGAACCCCAGCGUGUUCACCUGCAUCGAGUGCAGCAUCUACUUCCGCCGCAAGGAGCACCUGCUGGAGCACAUGCUGCAGCACAACCGCGGCGCCGAGCGCGGCGCCGACGCGCCCGCCGGCCGCUGCCGCUUCUGCUGCGGCGAGUGCGGCUGGGCCUUCGCCGAGCCGGCGGCGCUGGAGCGGCACAAGAGGCUCCACCAGGAGUCCCGCGAGAAGAUCAUCGAGGAGAUCCAGAAGCUGAACGAGUUCCCGGACGAGGGGCGCGAGGCGCGGCUGCAGUGCCCCAAAUGCGUUUUCGGCACCAACUCCUCCAAGAUCUUCGUGCAGCACGCCAAGAUGCACGUCAAGGAGAGGAAGGAGCACGCCUCCAGGAGCUCCGGCCUCUUCGGAGAGCUCCGCGACGGCGCCGGGCACGGCCUCUACAAACCCUUCCGAGCCGACGAGCUGCCGACGGCGGCGGCGCCGCCCGGCAAAGCGCCGAGCGCCUGCGUCCUCUGCGGCUUCCCGGCACCCAACGAGCACAUCCUCAAGGAGCACCUGAGAUACGCCCACUCCCACUUCUCCUGGCAGGCCGAGAGCUUCGAGGACGAUCCCAACCAGCCCGGCACCAGCCGCGAUUCCUACAGCCCCGCCCGGCCCGCCCGCUUCGCCGACGCCGAGGUUUUCGGCAAAGCCGAGAGAAGCUUCCCGGAGCGGCUCUUCCCGCUGCCGUGCCGGGAAGGUUCCUCCUCCCUCUACGACCCCACCCCGCCCGCCUUCGCCUUGGGCCAGCCCAGGUUGGACAAGAGCGACCAAGGGGCCACCAAGAAGGAGCUUCAGGGCUUCCACCACGCCAGGAAGGCGGCGCCGUACUCCCACCAAAGUCUGCCGUCGGCCGGGUUCUCCAUGUCCAAAGGCUUCUCGCACUCGGCGCUGCAGCAGCUGAGGAAGAGAGCGGCCACCCAGCAGCUGGAGGGCGAUGGGGACAACCUCCGCGGCCACCACGCGGGCCUGGAGGAGCCGCGGCACAGGUGGGCACCCGAGGAGCUGGACCCGGGGGACGGCCGGGCCGCCGCCGGCGCCGUCACCGUCCCUCGGGCCGCGCUGGAGCUCAAGAGGACUUUCGGGGCCACCCUGAGGGCCACGGACCCGGCGGUGGCCUCGGAGGAGCAGCGGCAGCAGCUGAGGAUGACGGUGCCCGUGGUGGUCCUGGAGGAGAUGAGCGCCCACCCCAGGGCCGCCAAGAGGCCGCGGGGGAAGCCCCUCAAGAAGAAGCUUUUCCCGCCGCGGGAGUUCCUGCUGGAGGAACCCCUUCCCCUGGAUGUUCUCCUGCUGGACGCGCCCCUGGAGGGUCCCCUGGAGCUCGAGGAGCUGCUGGACUCAGAGGCCACCAUGCUGAAGAACGAGGAGAGGAAAUGUCCCUACUGCCCCGACCGCUUCCACAACGGCAUCGGCCUGGCCAACCACGUGCGCGGCCACCUCAACCGCGUCGGCGUCAGCUACAACGUGCGGCACUUCAUCUCCGCCGAGGAGGUCAAGGCCAUCGAGCAGAAGUUCUCCUUCCAGAAGAAGAAGAAAAAAGGUAUGGCCAACUUCGACCCGGGCACCUUCAGCCUGAUGCGCUGCGAGUUCUGCGGCGCCGGCUUCGACACGAGGGCGGGGCUGUCGAGCCACGCCCGCGCCCACCUGCGCGACUUCGGCAUCACCAACUGGGAGCUGACCGUGUCCCCCAUCCACAUCCUCAAGGAGCUCCUGGCCACCGCCCCCGAGCACCCGGCGCUGCUGCGCGCCAUCGGGCCCUCGCCGGGCCGCGAGCUCCAGCGGGACCUCCACGCCGACCUCCACGCCGACCUCCACCCCGACCUCCACCCGGAUCUCCACCUGGAUCUCCAUCAGGAUCUCCAUCAGGAUCUCCAUCAUGAUCUCCAUCAGGAUUUCCACCAUGAUCUCCACCAUGAUCUGCACCGGGAUCUGCACCGGGAUCUGCCGAAAUCGGCGCCGUUCCCGCCGCCCUGGGGGGACGAGCUCCUGCAGCCCUACAGGGAUGUGCUGGCUCCCGACGAGGACGAGUUGGUGGCCAUGGAAGUGACAUCCCCUCCCCCCAUCCCCAAAAAAUCCUCGAGCUCGGCGCUGGAGCCGCCCCCGCCCCGCCUCGGGACCAAGCUCAGCCCGGAGCCCCCCGGCAGCAAAGCCGAGCCCCAGGAUGCCAAAGCCUCCAGCCUGACCACCUGCGAGGUGUGCGGCGCCUGCUUCGAGACGCGCAAGGGGCUCUCCAGCCACGCCCGCUCCCACCUGCGCCAGCUGGGCGUGGCCGAGUCCGAGAGCUCGGGGGCUCCCAUCGACCUCCUGUACGAGCUGGUGCGCCACAAGCCCAAGGCCGAGGGCCCCGCGCUGGCCAAGAAAUCGGCCGGCGGCUCCCCCAAGGAGCCGGCGGCGCCGCGCCCGCCGCUGCUGCUGCUGCCCAAGCCCGAGGGCGCCCUCAACAAGGCCAUCAAGUCCCCGCCGGGUUUCGCCAAGGCCCUGGGCCGGCCGGGCUCGCCCGCGCUCCGCAAGGUGCCGGCGGCGCUGCCGGGCUCGCCCAAGGCGGGGGAGGAGAAGGGGGCCAAGCUGGCGCUGAGCCCCCUGCCCGCCGAGGGCAAGUGGGCGCCCGAGGAGGACGGGCCGCUCAACCUCACCUCGGGCUCGGAGCCGUGCCGCGACAUCCGCUGCGAGUUCUGCGGGGAGUUCUUUGAGAACCGCAAGGGGCUCUCGAGCCACGCGCGCUCGCACCUGCGCCAGAUGGGCGUGACCGAGUGGUACGUGAACGGCUCCCCCAUCGACACCCUGCGCGAGAUCCUCACCCGCCGCCGCUCGGGCCACCCCAAGCCCCUGGCCAAGAGCCUGCUGGGCGGGCUGGCCCCGCUGGAGCCGCCGCGGGCGCCGCCCGAGCUGCACCUGCCCGGGCUGGCCAAGAAGGUGCCGGCGCCGCUGAGCCCCCCGGGGCCGGCCCCCGGCGCCGCCUCGCCGCCGCCCACGGCCAGGAAGAUGUUCCCGGGGCUCUCGGCGCCCUCCCUGCAGAAGAAGCUCAAGCAGGACCAGCUCAGGGUGGAGAUCAAGCGGGAGCUGAUGGCUGGGGGAGGAGGAGGAGGAGGAGGAGCCGGGAUCCAUCCCGGGGAGGCGCCGGCGCCGCCGGACCCGGCCUGGGCAGCGCACGAGGAGAUGGCGCCGCUCAACCUCUCCUCCCGGGCGGACCCGGUGCGCGACAUCCGCUGCGAGUUCUGCGGGGAGUUCUUUGAGAACCGCAAGGGGCUCUCGAGCCACGCGCGCUCGCACCUGCGCCAGAUGGGGGUGACCGAGUGGUCGGUGAACGGCUCCCCCAUCGACACCCUGCGCGAGAUCCUCAGGAAGAAAUCCAAACCCUGCCUCAUCAAGAAGGAGCCGCCGCCGCCGCCGGGGCUGGAGCCGGGCCCGGGGCCGGGCGAGGAGGGCGCGGAGCCCAAAGCGCCGCCGGGGCCGGCUCCGGGCAAGGCGCUGCCCCCGGGGCUGGCCCUGGGCAAGCCGGGCUCGGGGCUGGCCCUGGCACCGCUGGGCUCCAAGGGAGCCCCCGGGGCCUUCCUGGCUGCCAAGAGGCCGCUGGGCGACGAGAGGCUGGGCGGGCACGGCGAGGCCAAGCACAAAGCCUUCGAGCUGGGCUUCAAGGCCAAGGCCCUGCACGACAAGGCCUGUGAGUCAGCAGAAGCCUGCUGCGAGCUCUGCGGGCUGUACUUUGAGAACAGGAAGGCUCUGGCCAGCCACGCCCGGGCGCACCUGCGGCAGUUCGGCGUCACCGAGUGGUGCGUGAACGGCUCGCCCAUCGAGACGCUGCGCGAGUGGAUCCGGCACCGGCCGCACAAGGCGGGCGCCUACCGCAGCUACAUCCAGGGCGGGCGGCCCUUCUCCAAGAAGUUCCGGAGCUCGGCGCACCCGCGGGAGCCGCGCGGGGCCCUGGCCGUGCCCUUCCUGCCCAAGGGCGGGCUGGCGGCCGAGGCGGCGCUGGGCGACUGCGGGAAGGGCCCCGAGGGCGCCGAGAGGAUGGGCACGCCGCUGGGGCUGGUCAAGGUGGAGGAGCAGAGGGGCAACUUCAGCAAGUUCGAGCGGCGCCAGGCGCGGCCCCUGGAGCCGCCGCUGCCCCGCGAGGCCGAGCCCGGCGCCGACUUCCCGCGGAAGCUUCCGGAGCCGCGGCCGCCGCCGCGCGUGCGCCCGGUGCCCGCCCUGGUGCCGCGCCCGCCGCAGACCUCGCUGGUCAAGUUCGUGGGCAACAUCUACACCCUCAAGUGCAGGUUCUGCGAGGUGGAGUUCCAGGGCCCGCUGUCCAUCCAGGAGGAGUGGGUGCGGCACCUGCAGCGCCACAUCCUGGACAUGAACUUCUCCAAGGCGGAUCCGUGCCGCGCCGAGGCCCCCCCGGAGCCCCCGGCCCUGGCCCAGGCUCCCUGAAAGUUUCACUUCCCAAAAAAAUCCCCUGGGAAUUAAAAAAAAAAAAAAAAAAAAAACCCCACAAAAAAAACCAAUAAAAACUCUGCCCCGCCCUCCGGAACUCGCGGGAUUCCAGCGGGAUCUCGGGUGGUUCUGCCCCAA